UUUGCCUGACACAGAGAGCAGAGCAGUAUUUCUAGUCAUUGGUUACUCUGAUGCUGAAGUGUCUGAUGCCUGUAGAGAACUCAAGCGGGCGUAUGAUAACCAGUGCACCACGCAAACUUUUACUCCUGAUGAGAUGAACUGCCUCACUUCAGAUGAAAUGGACCAGCUGCUCUUUAAAGUGGAUUUACUGCACCUGCAGGUAGAAACGAAAAGUUCUGAACAAUGGGUAGUAAAAGGACUGAAGGAUGGAGUGAACGAGGUGCUUAAACUGACAAAAGAUGCAGCUCUUAGACAGUCAAGAGAGAAGGCCCAGGACCUCCUCUUCAGUCAAGUCACAUGGUGUAUUCUGGGACAACAUGGCGUUUGGCAGAAGGUUCCCAAAGACAUGAAUUUUAAGCUUGAGAAGAAAGAUGUGAAAGAUGGAUUUUGUGGACACACAGGGUGUGCAAUGGACUGUGGAUUUGCAAAAGAUGGAGGCCACAUCAUGUGAUUCAGGACAGGUGACCGCUCUCAAACGACUGGAGAACCUUCCAGAUUUUACUUUGCCAAUUUACUGGGACAACAUGAAUCAAAGUGAAACCUUUAAGGUGAUUGAACUAGAUCAGUCAUCUGGAGAGUAUGAGACCGUAAAGGCAGAUUUCAAAAGGACUGUCACAAAAACAGUGCUGAAGAUUGAGCGCAUCCAGAACAUUAAUCUUCGGCGGUUAUACGAGGUGCGUAAAACAGAGCUGGAGAACAAAAAUGAUUCUAUGGGAGCAGGAGAGAGGAUCCUUUAUCACGGCACAUCAAAGGAAUCCUGCACAUCCAUCAUGAAUACAAACUUUAACCGCAGUCUCGCUGGCCAAAAUGGGACGUACUUUGCUGUGAACGCCAGCUACUCUUCCAAUCCGAUCUACGCAGUUCCUGCAGCAGACGGGAAUCAGUAUAUGUUUGUGGCUCGUGUGCUUACGGGUUAUCACACUCAGGGUCAGACGAACAUGAAGACGCCCCCUGUUCGUGUGGCACCUGACCACCUCUAUGACAGUGUGGUGGAUAAUACACUGAAUCCCUCCAUGUUUGUGGUUUUCCACGACUGCCAGGCUUAUCCAGACUACCUCAUCACAUUCAAAUGA